UGCUGGACUCUCUUGCUUGACUUAGUUCAUAUGAAUGAGCCAAGGGCUCCCCGGGUUUUCAGUGAUGUCACAGAGCUCUGUGAAGGUUGCUGUUCCAUUAACCAAGGUCAACUGGAACUUGUCUCUGGGACACACUGUUCCUGGCCCAUCUCAGUCAUCAGCUGCUCUUUAGGACUUUGGGAAUGAUCAAGGCAAGAUCUGAACAUUCAACCCAGAACAAAGUGAGCUGGAUGGGGGACCCCUGCAAGAACCUUAUCAGAAAACACGAAACAGAAGCAGUAUGAGCAUAUGGCUGAUGAGGGAGCACCAUCAAAUGGAGGACAUCUCUGCUCCAUCCGUCAAUUGCUGCAAUUCCCAGAAGAAAGAAACCAGAAGGAACUAGUAUUUCAUAUUAUACAUGCAGCUCGUAGCCAGCCAGCCGUUGUGAUGCCAGCACUCAUGACUAUCCUUCAGCAGGACAAGGGCUCUAUCUGGGAGAAGGUGGCCAUCUACCGCAGCCUUCGGGCUAUGCUGGAGCGAGGCCUGGAGGUGGAGCCUGCCUGCAGCUUUGUUUUUACAGCCUUGAAGCAACUGAGAGCAUCUCUGUUGGAGGUGCCUCGAGAGCUGCAGAUGGCUGUCAGCAAUGCACUGGCUAGUUUUGCUCGUCAACAUUUCAAUGUCAUCAUGAACGAGCUUCAGCGGCACCUCAGGCCUUUUGUCCAGCCUGAUGAGUUCACUCUUCUCACUUUGGGCAAGAUCACAGCCAUGAAUGUGUACAACUGUGUCCCCUUCUUUGGCAUCACCCUAACCACCAUGCAGACAGUCACACGUAGAAUUGAGGAUACCAGAAGACGCUGGGCCCUCUGCACAGCCCUGAAACAGAUAUGCAAAGCAAUUCAAAUCUAUCUUCGGACCUGGGAAAGGAGUUCCUAUCCCCGUAUCAGUGUCCAGCAGUUCGCCAUCUACCUUCUUCCACUUUAUGCAUGUAUCACUCGGACCUGGUUACCUGGAAGUCACUCCAAGGUCAGACUAGCAGUUCUGAAGGCCUUAAGCCCCAUGCUGAGCAUCCUGCUUCCCAGGACAGAAUUCCAGACUCAGAUCUAUGAUGACAUCAUUUUGCUCUCAUUGCAGUAUGACAGCAGCAGCACUGAAGCUUUUUAUAUCUCUAAGAUCCUGGGCCAGAUUCUGGAAACUUCUCUAGUGAACAAAAAUCCAAUCCCAAAUAUGUAUGUGGGGCCCCUUGCACAGAAUCUCAUCCUGCAGAUCUGCAGCAGAGAGCAAAAGGAGCAUCUUCAAUGGCAGAGCCACAACUCUAUUGAAAUCAGACAGCUCUUCCUAAAGCUAGCACGUUUACAUCCUUCAGAGCUACUGCGGUUUUUCCUGAGGAAGCAGGAAGAAAGCCAAGAAGAUGUGCGCGUGGUGGUACUGUUGCUGCUGUCUGAAAUUGUUGAAGCCCAAUUGCCCGAGGUAUGGAACAAGAGGCUGCUGUGUGUAAAGGUGGUGAAGGCUGUCCUGGUUGAUGAUAGCACCCUGGUCUGUCUUGCAACACUCGAGGCUAUUAGAAAACUGCUGUCUGUCGGUUAUUUGGAAAAAAUUGAAGGAUGGCCUUUGAAUUAUAUUGCCCUGCAGCUGGCCAAAUCAGCCCAUCAGCUGACAUACUCAACAUGGAGUCUUCCUUUGGGUGGUUUAAACGAGAAGGCCAUAGAGAGAGUCAGUGUGGAUCUUCUUCAUUUUGCUGUAACUUCAGGAAGAGGUGCAAGUCAGGAAUUAUGGAAAAAGUUGCUCAACUAUCUAAUGCAGCCACAUUACACCAGUUUGGCUACACCUCUGUGCCAAGCCUUGCGGCUCCUGGCUGAACACCGACUGAGGUUGAUUGUUCCAACACAGGCUACAUUGGAGCCAGUAGAUUCACCAACUCCCCAAGGAUUGAUGGCUCGCCUUAUAGCCUUUGCAGUUUGCCCUUUAGAAGGAGAUGGCCGAGGAACUGCAGCACUUCUCUUGCUAAGUGCCUUGCGCCCAGAAUUCUACAAGGAUGUGGGUGAACAUUGGUGGGUCGAAGUGCCCCUCCUGGCUCAUUACCUGGAAGGCCACAGCAAGUACACAUUACCACCAGCAGCCUGGGAGCAGAAGCUACUGGAGUUUCUGAAGAAAUCCUUACAGAGAAACCAGGAAGAAGGCUGGAAUCUAAUCUUUGGGCAGGAGCUCAUGAAGCAGAUGGGUGUCUAUCACAACUCCUCUAAAGAAAAAAUCUUCCUCUACAAGACUUUGGGAAUUGCUCUUUCUGCCACAGGGGACAUAGGUAGGGUGACCCAGCAGCUCCUGCAUCUGCUCUUGCAUACAGAUUAUACUGAGGAAGCCCAGCAAAAGGCAAGAACCACAGUCUUCUCCAAACUAAUGAGAAUUCUAGACUUAGGCCCAUCCUAUAUUGCUAUUUCUUCUGUUAUAAUGUGAUCUGCCUUGCUCAUACAGUACAUGAUGAUGUUACUUUGUAAUUCUAAUCCUGUUUCUGAUUCUGUAUUCUGGUGUUCUGGUAAUAACUUUCAUGCCUUUUAACUAUGAAUUUACCUGGAAUUAUAUAGCAUUCUGCUCUCUUGAUAUAAUUGGAAAAAUAUGCCUGUUCAAAAGAGGUUAUUGUUGUAAAUCAUGCAGUGUUCUCUUUUGCUGUGUUCUGUAUUUUAUUUUGCCCCUGGAUUUUGCUUUAGUAGAAGGCUUGUUCUCUCAUGAUAGAGAGAAGAGGACACACUUCCAAAUAUUUUUUAAAAAAUGUUUUAUUUAUUUUUUUAGAAUUACAAUCUUUGGUGCUUAGUAAACAACAUGUUGUCUGGGUUCAUGUAUUUAACAUUAAUGUU